AUGAAGAUCCUUCUUUUAUCUCCCUUUGUAUUUGCACAUGUGAUCAAUCUCGUUAUCCUUUACGAGAAGACAGGAUUGAAAGAGGUCAAGGAAAUGUAUCAUUAUGUGGUUGAAAGGCUAUUAGAUAAGUUCAACGAGCAUCUUCAGCGACGGGGUAUAAGAAUUAGCCUUCUAGAUUUUUUGGCAUACGAUGACUACCUAGUAAAGCCAGGAUACCAGGAUAUAUCAAUAAUGGGUGGUGAGGAAAGCCUUGAUGCAAGGAUAGAGGCAUUGAGCGGAAUUCCAGCCAACGUCAUUCUAGUGGCUUCUGCCAGUCCCGAAGAGGAGAGGGAAAAGUUUAUACCCAACACCCCAUGCAUGAGCCGAUUCAUCAGCAAUAUGGUCUCUAGUGAUAUUGUUGAUGAUGAGCUGCUAACAAAAAUAAUAUAUGCUGUUCUAGAUUGGAUGGCUGGCCUCUUCAAAAUAGAAGUUCCAAGUCCUGUCAAAGAGAGAAGUCCAGAGGUCUUUGAUAAGUUUGCAAAAGAUGUCACAACACCAGAAUUUAUAGAAAGCUUGAAACAAUGCACAAAAGAAACAAGAGAUAGAUUUGAAAAGUUCAUUAGAGUGCUGAAUUGGGAUGAGGAAAAGAUGUUCAGCCUGGGAAUGAUGUCUGGGAAAUUAGAUUCUGGGAAAAGUGAUUGUGUAGAGAUAUCAAGCCCUCUGAAAUGGGUCUUGUCCAAAUCAGAAAAGAAACCUGAGGAUACUAAUUCGGAAUCUCAAUCUCCGAAAGAAACCAAAGAGAAGAAGGAUCAUUCCGAGUCAUCCUCAAACGACGAAAGUUCCUCUGAAAAAAAAGAAAAAAACACCAACAGGAAACAUUCAAGGACCCAUAAACCCAAAGAAACAUCUUCCAAAAAAGUAAAGAAAAUCUCAUCAAAAAAGAUUAAUUCAAAUAAUCUUACAGAUACAGAAGAAUCUGAAAAGAGAGAAAUGAGCGAAGAACACGAGAUAAGUAAGAGCAGCGACUCGGUAGAAUACAUAGGCAAGGCCAAUAUCCCCCGGAAUGAGCAAAGGCAGAAGGAAGAGGCGUUGAUGGAAGAAAAGAUUAGAGAAGAGCUGAAAAGGAUCAUCUCCCGCGAGCCCUAUAACUUAAGAAGAAAACUUGAUGGAUCUCCAGCAUUCACUAGAAUUUCUCCCUACAAUGAUGGAGAAGCAAGAGGAACACAGCCAAAAAUCCUAUUUUCAAGUAGAGCAACAUCGGCAAAAAAUGCAUUGAAAACCAAUAGAGGCCUAUCAUACGGGAAAAUUCCAUAUAGAAGAGGAUACCCGUGA